AUGGAACAAGGACUGACUUUACUAAUGACAGUCACCGCCGAAUACACAGAGACACAGCUUGUGUUGCUAGUGCUAAGUAUCGCUGUGGUGACUGCGGCGCUACUAUCUUACUUUGUCGUGGCACCUGAGUAUGAAAAACGUCUAGACAAGCAGUACGCAGCAAUUGUACACGCCUCGUCGGAACGCCAGGUGCAUAGUCAAAAAGCGCACAAUCUCCUAUGUGCACGAAUUGGGUUACGCAAAUACAAGUCCCUCGGCGCCGAAGACGUUGGAUCUAGCUCUAGUGACGAUGACGGAAGGUUCCGAGGAUAUUUUAGCUGCUCGACAGGACCGCAAUUAUCGACGUCGCAAAAGCGAAAGCGAUGCUUCAAAACAAUCUAA